GUGUGCUGCAUUUCUUCCGCGUCUGACUUGUUGCUGUUGUACUUGUCAUUCAGACAUCCCAGGAAUUCAACGCGACUAGAAACAAGCCAGCUCGCCAUAAUAAGGACAUUUUAAGUUGAGAUCACGUACUUGUUGCCGAGAAAAGUGAAGAGAAUAUAAUUUAUUCUCAAAAUAGGAAAAGUGUGGAGAAACGCGGCAGCUACAGACACUGCAGCAUGCAGAUGUGAGGUCAGACAUCAGAAACCCCUGCUAUCCUUUGCUGCAACCCUGGACUGAGUGACAUCCUCUUCAUCCCCUUCAUCGUCAUCCUACAUGCUCUUACAUGAAGAGAGGGGAGAAACCCGAAGGAUACAGACAGAUGAGACCCAAAACAUUUCCCACCAGUAACUAUAGUGGCAACAGCCAACAAAUGCUGCAGGAAAUACGGAACAGUCUGCGCAACUUGUCUAAACCCUCUGACCCACCUAAAGUGGACAUUGGUGGAGCAGGAAAAAUGCUUCCUGAGGACUCAAGGCAACAGGGGCGCUGCAGCAACCCCAAAAACCCCCACCAUAAGGCCUUACAGGAGAUCCGCAAAUCCCUGAUGCCUUUUGCCAAUGAACCCACUACUUCAGGCCCUCAAGCUAACAAACCCAUGUCGCUGGAACCCCCAUUUGUUGGGUUUGAGGAGAGCAACAGUCGCAGUAUGGGGGCAGACUACAUGUCUAAGGUGAGCUACCAGGACUCGAUGAGGGAACAGAUGGCUUCUGCCAACUCCAACACUACAGUUCUGAAAGCCCCAGGAGCUUCUCACAUCCCGCAGGCUGUGCUGAGGAGACCAAGCUGGAAAGGCUCUAAGGAGUCUUUGGCUCCUCGACACGGUCCUCUCAUGGUGGAUGGAAUGAUGUACCGCUCAGACAGCCCGGGACCACCUCCUGCCUUCCCACAGGGUCACCCUGGUAACAGCCAGAGAGUCAAUCCUCCACUGCCACCACAGGUGCGCAGUGUCACACCUCCACCAAACCGCGGUGCCAUGCCUCCUGCACCAUCCUGGGACAGCAACCCAUCAACCAAGCGCUUUUCUGGCAACAUGGAUUACCUUGUGUCCCGCAUCUCUCCAGUACCCCAGGGAGCCUGGCCUGAUGGAUACCAAGCUGCUGCUCCUCAGAAUCAGCGUGGGAUCAGCCCAGUGCCAAUGGGCCACCAACCCAUCAUAAUGCAAAGCUCUGGGGGGAGUAAGUUCACAUUCCCCCCCAGCUGGUCUCAAAGUGGCUCCUCUCAACCAGACUACAUGCCGGGGAGCAGCAGACAGCCUCCUCCGCCAUACCCGGUCAACCAGGGCAGCCGACACAGUCCCACUGACCAGCAGAUGUUGGCCGGAGGACCUGCAUCAUCUCCGUCUUAUGUCAACGGUGGGAACAUCCCUCAGUCCAUGAUGGUUCCCAACAGGAACAGUCACAACCUUGAUAUGUACAACAUUGGCCCUCCCCAGUCCUGGUCCCAAGCUCCUCUGGCUCCCAACCAGCCCCAGUCUUCUCCUGGCAACAGCAGCAACCAGGAUCUGUCCCCAUCCUGGCAACACAACAUGCCAGUCCGUUCCAAUUCCUUCAACAACCACCAACUGAACGGCAGAGCGGCCCACCCAGCCAGCUCCCAGCCCUCUGCCACCACGGUCACUGCCAUCACCCAGGCUCCCAUCCUGCAGCCAGUCAAAAGCAUGCGGGUACAGAAACCUGAGUUACACACGGCUGUCGCCCCAACACACCCUCCAUGGAUGCAGCAGGCUCCACCGCCUCCAGCUGCACCUGCCUACCAAGAACCCCCAGCCCCUGUACCUCAGAUCCCUGCUGUAGAAGUUCCCAGCUACCAGGGACCCCCUCCACCCUAUCCGAAGCAUCUCCUCCAGCAGCAGGCUGCACCCUGCCCCCCUGCCUACGAUCAAGGGGCCAGUAAGCUCAGCGCGGGCAGAGAGGAGCCCGCUGAAGAGGACAGCAGCGGCGGUGACAGCUCCCGAGACAAGACGACGGAAAGCUCCGAAAGCACCUCAGCGACAGAGAAGGAGAAGAAGCAAAUCACGACAUCGCCUGUUCCUGUACGGCGGAAUAAGAGAGACGAAGAGCGGAGAGGGGAGUGCGGGAGAGUUGCGCUGUACUCCCCCCAGGCCUUCAAGUUCUUCAUGGAGCAGCAUGUGGAGAAUAUCCUAAAGAACCAUCAGCAAAGGAUUCGGAGGAGGAAGCAGCUGGAAAGUGAGAUGCAAAGGGUGGGUUUGUCUUCAGAAGCUCAGGAGCAGAUGCGUAUGAUGCUCUGCCAGAAGGAGUCCAACUACAUCCGGCUAAAGCGGGCCAAGAUGGAUAAAUCCAUGUUCAAACGCAUCAAGACCCUCGGCAUUGGAGCCUUCGGCGAGGUGUGCUUGGCCAGAAAAGAGGACACGGGAGCGCUGUAUGCCAUGAAAACGCUCCGUAAGAAGGACGUGCUGCUGCGAAACCAGGUGGCCCACGUCAAGGCUGAGAGGGACAUCCUGGCUGAGGCCGACAACGAGUGGGUGGUGCGCCUCUAUUACUCUUUCCAAGACAAGGACAACCUGUACUUUGUCAUGGAGUACAUCCCUGGAGGGGACAUGAUGAGCCUUCUCAUCCGGCUCGGCAUCUUCAAAGAAGAGCUGGCCCAGUUCUACAUCGCAGAGCUCACCUGCGCCGUGGAGAGCGUCCACAAGAUGGGCUUCAUUCACCGAGACAUCAAGCCUGACAACAUCCUCAUAGACCGAGACGGACACAUAAAGCUGACCGACUUCGGCCUUUGCACGGGCUUCCGCUGGACACAUGACUCAAAGUAUUACCAGAGUGGUGACCAUGUGAGGCAGGACAGCAUGGACUUCAGCAAGGAAUGGGAAGAUCCAGCCAACUGUCGCUGCACAGACCGUCUGAAGCCGCUGGAGAGGCGAAAGGCUCGGCAGCACCAGCGCUGUCUGGCACAUUCGCUGGUCGGGACGCCCAACUACAUCGCACCAGAAGUGCUGCUCCGAACAGGAUACACCCAGCUGUGUGAUUGGUGGAGUGUUGGUGUGAUCUUGUACGAAAUGGUUGUUGGACAGCCUCCCUUCUUAGCGACCACGCCCCUGGAGACACAGCUGAAGGUGAUAAACUGGAAGAGCAUGCUGCACAUUCCCCCGCCAGCCAAACUCAGCCCGGAGGCAUCAGACCUCAUAGUCAAAUUGUGUCGCGGCCCGGAGGAUCGCCUCGGCAAGAACGGCGCCGACGAAAUCAAAGCUCACCCUUUCUUCAAGACCAUCGACUUCUCCAGCGACCUGCGGCAGCAGGUGGCGCCCUAUAUCCCCACCAUCGCCCACUCCACAGACACCUCCAACUUUGACCCUGUGGACCCAGAUAAACUGUGGAGCAGCGACAGCGACGGCGAGGGCAACCUCAACGACACUCUCAACGGCUGGUUCCGCAACGGCAAACACCCCGAACACGCCUUCUACGAGUUCACCUUCCGCCGUUUCUUUGACGACAACGGCCACCCGUACAGCUGUCCCAAACCCAUCGAGUAUGAGGGUUAUAACGGGGACGAAGCGGACUCAGAGGGCCCGGUGCACGAGGCAUCCAGUAGUUCAGCCUCUCAGGGCCGGGACCUGGUCUAUGUGUAGCAUCUGAGGCCAGCUGAGCUACUUGUACAUGAUGCAUUUGUGGAGGUGUUUGUGCGCGCGUGUGUGUGUGUGCGUGUGUGUGAAUGAGGGAUUGCAGCAGUGCAGCAUUUAAACUGCUUGAACACAGGAACGUAUGUUUUUAGGAGCAGGCAGAACACUCUGCAGCACACGCUCACAUCAGCAGACUUGGACUUCAAAACCUGAUGUUCAGACUACAAGUUAAGGGAAUAGUUAAUCAUUUUGGGAAAAUCCGCUCAUUUGCUUUCUUUUCGAGAGCUGGACAAGAAGUUUGAUGCCACUUUUUUCCCCACUCUGUAUUGUAAAUAUGAAGCUGCAGCCUAUUAGAUUAGCUAAACUGGCAAAUGGGCAGCUUGUCUCUGUCUCAAGGUAACAGUCACCCAUCCAGCACCUUUGAUAGUAACAAGUUACGUCUCACUUACAAGCACCUGCCUGAAUACUGACUGGGCCACGUUUGUGCAGCUGUAUGUUUGGUUUGGUGAAACAGUAGUUGGUGAUGCAGUCACUUCCUGGAGUCUCUGCUUGUUGCCUGGUAACCUCACAGGGUUGACAACACACCUGAAAGUCAGUGCUCCAUAACAUUUGAUAUUGUCAAGACUAAUAACAAAGAAUAUACGUGGUUACAUGUAUUUUAAGGAGAGCGGUACAUUUGUCCAAAGUGACACCAUUCAACAUUGUUAUUCUACACUUCACAACAUAUUAUUAUUUCAUGUUAGCCAGUAGAGGUUUUAGAUUUUAGAUUUGCUGUCAUUUAGGAUGGGAGAAACGUGCUAACAUUUAGAAAAGGUGACGAUGACUGAGGAGUUUUAGGUAAAUGUUGACAGCAGCAUGCAUGAGAGCUAAAACACAUCCUCUAAAACGAACUUUUUCACCAACUUCCCAAAACUCUACAGAAUGACUGCCUCAUUCUGCGGCAGCCACAGUAUCAAGGCUGCCCGCACACGUUGUUACCUUUGGCGAGAGCGACGUUAGCCAUUGGCCCGUUUCCAGUCUUUGUGCUGAGUUAAGCUCGAGUUAAGCUGUUGGCCCCAGCUUCAUGUUUGUGUGUUUUGUUUUGUUUUUUUCUCAAAAAUAUAAGAACUAUUCCUUUAAUGUGUGAAAGGUACACUGUAUGACGUGUGCUGCCUGAAAACCUUCAGAGGAACAGAAAGCAGAGGAGAAUCAGGGUGCUCUCUUUGACGACUUAUCGCAACCCCCCCCCCCCCCCCUUAAAGCCUUAAUUUAUUUAAGAAAAUUGGAGCUGGUGAUGCUAGUGUAGAUGCUGUUUGAGUGUGGGAAUUUGUGUUGUUGGAAUUACAUUUACUGGUAAAAAAUUGUCUUAAUUUAUAUUUUAAUGUCUGUUGCAAUGGGGAUUUAGUGUUGUGACUCAUAGAAAUUUGCAGGGAUAAAUCGUUCUAAUUAUUCAUUGCUGUGCCUUUUUUUGAUCUUUUGUUGCUGUUGUUUUUUAAUCUUUCACCAAAUAUAAAGAGGGUUAAUAAUCAGACUGGCAUGAGAGUAGUAGUAGUUGAUUGAACUACAGUAGACUUUUGUUGUUUUAUUUUUCUAAUUUAUACCUAAAAUGUAUUUAUAAAUUAAGUUGUAUACAGUUGAUGUAAAUAUUUUUCUCUUCCCUGUGAGCUGAUUUUGUUCUUUAGGGCAGGCCCUCGUCAGUGUCCUCUGCUGCUGCCUUCUGUCAAUAUGUCGCGUCCUUUUCCGUCUCUCCUACACCUUGAAUACCCACAACACUAACUCACAGGACUCUGAAUGCAUUUUAAUUCUUUUUUUUUUUUGUACAACUUAACGUCUUUAUCACCAUUCGGGCUUAAUACUCGUCUCUCAACCAAAGCACUAAAUAGGUGGGUUUGGACUUUUUCUUUUGCUGUAAACCCACGUUUAGAAAAUGAAAGAUCACAAGACCAUGAAGUUAGUUUUUUGUGGCGUUACACUAUUAGCUAGAAAUGCCUUGCUUUCGGGCACAUAAGCAUUGUCCAAGAAACUGGCUUAAAACCCCAGUUCCUUCAACAUCAUAAUCUCGUUUUGUGUCUUUGAGAAACACUACACCCGACCGCCACGUGCCUCUGUACUGAUAUACAAGGAAAAAUAAACUGGAUUGAUGGACUGACGGUGGAGGGAAGAACUGCCCUCCGCGGUGAUCAUUUUGUAACCCGCUGUACUUUUCUGUGAUUAAGAAAAGAUCUCUGAAUGUAGUUAUGGAUUUAUUGGUGACCACUGGCGUUCUGCACUGGUUUUGUGUUUUCAUUGUUAAGUGAGAGAAUUUUAUUUUUGUGUACAUCGUUGCUCUGGGAGGUUGGGUACAGAAGAGGGUGAUAAAAUAAAGAAUGUAAAAAAACAAAA